CUGAAUAUUGCAGAUAUUGCGAGCAGAGGAACGUCUGUAGCUGAUAUUUCCGCUGAUUCAACCUGGAUUCAGGGACCAGAGUUCUUAAAGUCUGAGUUCUCUGAGUGGCCUGUUGAUAAAGUUGCAGUUGAUUUUCCAGAGCCAAGUCAAGCGGAGUUGAAGAAAUCGGUUUUGAAGGCAAAGGUCGCACCAGCGAAGCCACUUAUUGAUCCUGCCGCGUAUUCUAGCUGGAUCAAACUCACCCGAAUAACCGCAUGGAUAUUUCGCAUGUGUAACAAUCUGCGCAACAAAGGGAAACGAAUAUCGGGACCGUUGACUGUGGACGAACUCGAUAAUGCUAACUUGUACUGGAUUAAAUGGGGCCAGAGCGAUCGCUUCCAAGACGAAAUCGAAGCGUUGAGAAAGGGUCGUCCGGUUCCACGAGAUAGUCGUAUUGCAAGUCUCGAUCCCCAACUCGUGGACGGUGUUUUACGGGUAGGCGGCAGAAUCGAAAAGGCGGAAAUUCCGUGGGAGUCGAAGCAUCCAGUUAUAUUGGACCACGGACAUGAUGUCACCCGGUUGAUCGUGAUCCACUACCACCGAAAACUUAUCCACGCGGGAGUCGAACAUGUCUUUAAUCACGUACGUGAAAAAUACUGGAUUUUGCACGGUCGAGCCGAAGUUAAGAACUGUACAGUUAAGUGCCCACUAUGUUUUCGCCGUCGUGUUAAACCUAUGACGCAGAAAAUGGCUAAUUUACCGAAUGUACGUCUCGCAGGCGCAAGUGUUCCUUUUCGACACGUUGGGAUUGAUUAUGCCGGACCGUUUGAUACUCGAAUUGGACGCAAUCGAAAGGAAAAACGCUAUAUUUGCUUAUUUACGUGUCUCCAUAUGCGCGCGGUUCAUCUCGAGGUCGCACAUAGUUUGGACACUGACUCGUGUAUAAUGGCGUUGCGACGAUUUCAAGCUCGUAGAGGAGUCCCUGUUUGUAUAAUGAGUGAUAAUGAGACAAAUUUCGUAGGUGCCGAAAGAGAGUUGCGCGAAGCGUUGUAA